CACUCUGUGCACAUAUUGAUCAUCAAGGCCAGGAAACGGAUAUUAGUUAUUACGGUAUGAAAGCCAUUGUCAUUCUACACGCUUUACCCAUUCAAGUAGAUAGACGAGUUUCACUAAGUGCGACGUAUUAAUAUCAAGCACAGUUCAAAUCAUCUCUCUCGCAUAGUCACAUUACAUCGUUUAGUGUGAGUGAAGAACAACCAUCAGGAUGGCGUCUGAAUACAAGCAACUCAUCAAUGAAGGUUGUGACGUGGAGAGCGUCGGUCAUGAUACCCCUCCUAGUUACGAUGAGAGUAAUGCGAUUCCAAGCUCAGCUCCACCACAGAACCCUUACCCACCUCCGAACUCUUCUGAGUACCCUAUGCAACAGCCUUCUCAAUUUCCGCAGGCUGCACAAUUCCCUCAGCAGCAACCAGGCACAUAUGCCCCUCAGCAGCAACCAGGCACCUAUGCCCCCCAGCCGCAGGUGAUUCAGGUCCAACAGCCGGUCCAACAAAACAUAAUACAUGUGAGCACGGGAAUAGCGCCGAAUGACUACUUUGGCUUAGCUCUCUUUGUCACACUCUGCUGCUGUUUGCCGUUUGGGAUUGUAGCUCUCAUCAAGUCUACUGAGGUGAGAAACCGAUCAGCAGUGGGGGACUACCACGGUGCCGCUGUCUCAUCUUUGGAGGCGAAACGCUGGUCCAGAAUCGGGUUAAUCUUUGGCAGCGUUUCAGUGGGUGUUAGUGUACUUGGUGGCAUUGUGUUAUCUACAUUAGGCUCAUCCGUUCAAUAUGGUUAUUAGAAAAAUAAAGAGAAAGAAGGAGGAGAGGGGACCAUGAUUAGAAUGGAAGAAGGGCUGCGUAGUUUAAAACCCAAUUGUUUGAUCAGUUUGAGUUCAUGACCACAAUCCUCGAUUAUAUAGAUUUUCGCAAGACUCCGCAAUAGGACCACUGCAAACUGGAGAAAUAGCUACAGAGAGAGAGAGAGAGAGAGAGAGAGGAAGGGAGAGAGAGAGAGAGAG